AUGGGCGUCUCACUCAGCAAACUCAUCUCUAAAUCCAAAACCUCAAAACAAGCAGCACCAGAAAAGAUGGGUUCCACACCAGCUUUCAAGCACUUUUCCAAAGUCCAGUCCGAAUUCAAGCCUCCCUUAAUUGCCAAUGAGAACGCAUUCCUCGGAGACGUCGCCAGCAGUGAGAGCAACGAUCCAGAGAAGCCCAUCAGCUGUGGCAUCUACAGACUCGAGAAAGGCACUCCCCUCGUCUACACUUAUACCUACCACGAGAUGAAGAUCAUUUUGGAGGGCGAAUUUGAUAUCAGCGACGAAACUGGCCAAUCUGUUCACGCCGUUGCUGGCGAUGUUUUCUACUUCCCCAAGGGCAGUGUCAUCACUUUCAAGACCAACACCUAUGGUUUGGCCUUCUACACUGGCCAGCGCAAGGAGGGUGCUGCGUAA